GGCACCUUCCGCACUCCGCCGGCCGGCACCGCGGAGCGCAGAUGCGCUGCUGCGGAAACCGAGAGCCGUGGGGCGGGGGCGGGAGUGCGGGAGUGCCGGCGCCGCGCCGCCGGGCCCUGAGGCAGUAGAGCUUCCCGCGGAGCAGCGAGUGGCAGCGCCCAGUCCCGGGAGGUUGUGGGUGCGCGGCGCUUGCCCGCUGCUGAUUGGCAGAGCGCGCGGGGCGGCGGCGCUCGCGCUCGGAAAUGACGUGCGCGGCUGCCGGGCGCUGCCGGAGGAGCGGAGGCAAGUGAGGCGGCGGCGGUGGCGACGGCGGCGACCGCGGGCUGGGCCUCGCCGCGGCCCGCACCCCACCUCAGAUGGACCAGUCGUCUCCAACCUACGUGCUUGCCAACUUAACCCACUUGCAUUCUGAACAGCUUCUGCAAGGCUUGAACCUCCUUCGCCAACAUCACGAGCUCUGCGACAUUAUCCUCAGAGUCGGCGAUGUCAAGAUCCACGCCCACAAAGUGGUGCUUGCCAGCAUCAGCCCCUACUUCAAAGCCAUGUUCACUGGGAACCUUUCCGAGAAGGAGAACUCAGAGGUGGAGUUCCAGUGCAUCGACGAGGCAGCCUUGCAGGCUAUCGUGGACUAUGCCUAUACGGGAACCAUCUUCAUCUCCCAAGACACGGUCGAGUCGCUUCUUCCAGCCGCCAAUCUUCUCCAGAUCAAGCUGGUGGUGAAGGAGUGCUGCGCGUUUCUUGAAAGCCAGCUCGAUCCUGGCAACUGCAUCGGCAUCUCUCGUUUUGCGGAGACCUACGGCUGCCACGACCUCUACUUGACUGCUAACAAGUACAUUUGCCAGAACUUUGAAGACGUUUGUCAGACGGAAGAAUUUUUUGAGCUUACGCAUUCAGAACUGGAUGAAAUUGUUUCCAACGACUGCUUGAAUGUUGUGACGGAAGAAGCUGUUUUUUAUGCGCUCGAGUCCUGGAUCAAAUAUGACGUGCAGGAGCGACAGAAGUACUUGGCACAGCUGCUACACUGCGUUCGGUUGCCAUUGCUGAGCGUGAAGUUUCUCACGAGGCUUUACGAAGCAAACCAUCUCAUUCGUGAUGACCAUACUUGCAAACAUCUGCUAAAUGAGGCACUAAAAUACCACUUUAUGCCUGAACACAGACUUUCCCACCAGACCAUGUUGAUGACACGACCUCGCUGCGCUCCUAAGGUUCUUUGUGCUGUUGGAGGAAAAGCUGGACUGUUUGCAUGUUUGGAAAGUGUUGAAAUGUAUUUUCCCCAGAAUGACUCCUGGAUAGGCCUGGCACCUCUCAGCAUUCCCCGCUAUGAGUUUGGAAUAUGCGUCCUAGACCAGAAAAUCUAUGUUGUGGGGGGGAUUGCAACCCAUGUCUGUCAGGGCAUCAGCUACCGAAAACACGAGAAUUCAGUGGAGUGCUGGGACCCCGACACUAACACUUGGACGUCUCUUGAGAGGAUGUUUGAGAGCCGGAGUACUCUGGGAGUGGUGGUUCUGGCAGGAGAGCUCUAUGCCUUGGGUGGUUACAAUGGGCAGUCUUAUCUGCGAACUGUAGAGAAGUACAUUCCUAAAGUGAAGGAAUGGCAACUGGUGGCUCCCAUGAACAAAACCAGGAGUUGUUUUGCUGCAGCUGUCUUGGACGGAAUGAUAUAUGCCAUUGGUGGUUAUGGCCCUGCUCAUAUGAAAAGCAUGGAGCGUUAUGAUCCAAGUAAGAACUCCUGGGAGACGGUUGCUUCAAUGGCUGAUAAACGAAUCAACUUUGGUGUUGGUGUCAUGCUGGGCUUCAUCUUUGUAGUAGGUGGACACAAUGGAGUGUCUCACUUAUCGAGCAUCGAGAGAUACGAUCCUCACCAAAACCAAUGGACUGUCUGUCAUCCCAUGAAGGAGCCCAGAACAGGAGUAGGAGCAGCUGUGAUUGAUAACUACCUUUACGUUGUUGGAGGUCAUUCGGGGUCAUCCUACCUGAACACGGUGCAGAAGUAUGACCCCAUCUCGGACACCUGGCUGGACUCAGCAGGGAUGAUGUACUGUCGAUGCAAUUUUGGCUUGACUGCACUUUGAUGCAAAGCACCACUUUACGGACCUAAUGCAAAGAUGGAGCUUAAUCUGCUUGCAAAUAAACCCCACUGGUGGAGAACAUAAGCUCUGGUGAUGGAAAUUUGGAGCAAUGUGGUGAGAUUGGGAUUGAUAUGAGGAAGGAUUUGUUUUCUUCCAGUAAUUGCCCUCUGUUCCUUUAGUGACACAGACAGAAGGAACAGAAAGCUUAUUGCCAGCUGGGUUUAGCUAGUACCCUGGUAAUGGCAGUGAAUUCUAGAGAGCACUGCAGGUGCCUGGGGCAUGGUUAGAAAACUUCCUGUCUAUCUAACCCUUUCACUUUCUAGAGCUUUUCUCUCUUCCUCCUGCCUACUACGAGACAUGAAGUUUACUGUGCUUGGGGUGAGAGGUGUGUGGGUGUGUUGUCUGACUGGACAGUGUGCUGAUAGUUGUCUGGUUGUGUCUUCAUAGCAAGAAAAUGCCAGUGCUUCAUCAUUUUUGUAAUGAACUAAAGGGCUGCCUUGUUUCUGUAUCUCAAGGUUUGUAAAUACUGAAUGCCACAGUGUGUUGCCUGUGCACUCUCCUUCGUUACUCGCUUACUGGCAGGAGGGCUGGGAUGGUAGUUAGCAACCACUUAAAGAAAUGUACCAGGCAGAUUUAUUGUCUUAGUGACAUUUUUGGAUCUGCUGAAGAGAAAUCACAUUUUUAACUUCCCUUGUCUUUUUUUUUUUUUUUUUUUUUUUGUGGAGACAUGAGUGCUAGGUGAAAGGACUUAAUCCUGCCAAUCUGAUGUGUGUUUUCACAAAUUCCAACAGUAGUGUGUUGGAAGAUGCCACGGCAGCAUUCACAGCAUGAUACAAAAUACAUACUGCAACAUGGAUCCACCUUGUCCUUCUCCCAGCACACUCGUGUUCCUAUUCCCUGCACCUUCCUUUUGAAAAAGAAUGUAUGAUUGCUUUCUCAGAGUGUUCAGAUACAAAAAUGGUGCUAAAUGUAAGACUUCACGGUAAGGCUGUUACCGGUUUUAGCGCAGUAUGCAUAGAGCAUGAUUGUUUUGAUUGUUCUAGUGUUUUUGUUUCUUGCUUGAUACAUUCGUGCCUACGAAAACUGUCAAGAGUAACACAAUGAAUGAGUUCUGUGUUUGUUACCUUUUUCUUUUGUUUUGGGUUUGUCUUUUUCCCCCCUAGAUCAUCCAAGUUUAUUGUCCCUCUUCUCACAAAUGCAUAAACAGAGAAUGAAUUGAGAGCCAGUCUCAGGUUCCUCAGACAGUCUUGCCUUUAACACGAGGCACAGUGACAGAUCAGCACAGGGCAUGGUUGCUCAUCCACGUGUGUGUCUUUGUCACAGAGUGCUGAAGGUCUGUUCUUGUGAUUUAACCAGAAUCUCAAGAGAUAAAACUUCACGAUAGUCCUAAACUUAGGGAAAAUUUGACAGAUAAAUAGAAAGCAAAAGUAGUGGGUUAUAACCAUUAUUUAAAAUAGAUGACUGAAUAAAUAUGAACUUUAGCUAAUUUAGAAUGUUUUGGGUUGUCUUCUGAUUUUGACUAGGAGUUGUGGUUCUCAUGAAUUUUUGUUGUGAUGUCUGUAUGUGUAUUGCCAGGCCUGGUACUGAAGAAUUUUUCUGCCUCCAGAGCUGUUUCCCUCUUGUUAAAUAAAUGUUGGUUUCCCUUUGUUUUUCAGGCCCAUAUAGUAUUAUUUUUGAAGGUGCAAUAAUAUUUGAAAUAGUUGCUUUAAAAGCCAUUUCUCUGUAAGUACCUAAAGUGGAGAGGUUGGAGUGUACCCGAUUUAUUUGCAGUUCCUGCAGUGCUCCUUGCAGCCAGGCCAGCAGUGGUGUUCCCUGUUCUUCCAUAUGCUACCUGUCAGAUUGGAAACAAUCAAGGAGACAAAGGUGUGUUCACCCUAAAAUGUUAUCACAGCUAACAAGUGUUUGCACAGGUGGUAAAAUCCUGCACUUGUGCUAGAAAGUUGAUAGAAUUAAACAGGACUUUAAAAGCAAAUAAAAUGAACAGUUUCAGCGUUUUCAAUGCAGGUUUUUUUCCCCACUAAGGAUUCCAGUUAUGCAGCAAUAAUAGCAUCGUUUAACUAUGCCAGUGAUUAAUCUGUUGAUAGGACACAAGCAGCUAUGUGGCUAUAUGUUGCAUGCUUGUGUGAGGAGGAGCAGGAAGGGGGAGCAGGUUUGGCGAUGAAGGGGAGGUGCCUGUUGUCUGGGUUCACACUCUGUUCAGGUCAAUGCCAGAGCUGAACGCUUACCUGUGCUGUUGAACUCCUCAGGCUGUUUUACAGUGAUGCUGUUUAUUAUCAUACUUUCCAGUACACACUGGAGGUAACAGGCUUAACAAACUAAUAUUAAAAUAAGAAAACUUCCUUACCUGAGAGAAGUUUCUGCCUUUUAUUGCUAGGAGGCUUUCCACACAGGUCAGUGUGUGCCCUUCAUUCCAGAGCUUACUGACAGGAGGGUUUGCAAAUGCAGACGCUCCUGCACAAAUCGUGAUGGGAAGUGUCAGCAAACGCUGCUUUCCCGUAGCAGAAAGUGGUGCAAGGUACAGAAAUCUCUUUAACUUCAGCAGAACAAGAAGUCCACACGUCAGGGUGGUGGUAGUGGGUAUUCAGUGUUGAUGUAAACAUCUGUCAUUUGCAGAAGUCAGAGCACGUGAAACUGCAGAGAUUGAGCCUGUAAUAUGUAACGGGGUAUUGCUAAAUGGAAGAUGGCAGCAUCAACAUCAAUUUUCUGGUGUGCAGGCUUGGUAGGAAGAAUGGGAAAAAUGCCUCAUGAAAUACACUGCUUCUGUUAGGUGAGCUGUUUGGCUAGAAAUGGAUGGAGCAGCAUAUCAGCCUAGGGAUCACAGAAUCAUUUCAGCUGGGAGAGACCUUUAAGAUCAUCAAGUCCAGCCUUUGUCCCAGCCCUAUCAACCACUAGACCAUUUGCCGUCUCUUAAACACCUCCAGAGUGACUCCAGCACCUCCCUGGGCAUCUCAUUCCAAAGCCUGACUACCCUUUCAGUAAAGAAAUUCCUCCUCAUAUCCAGCCUGAACCUCCCCUGGCACAACUUGAGGCUGUUUCCUCUUGUUCUAUUGCUUAUUACUAGGGGGAACAGACCAACUCCUGCCUCACUACAAUUUCCUUUCAGGUAGUUGUAGAGAGAAAUAAGGUGUCCCCUGAGCCUUCUUUUCUCCAGGCUAAAAAGCCUCAGAUCCCUCAGCCACUCCUCAUGUGAGAUGUGCUCCAAAUCCUUUACUAGCUUGGUAGCUCACCUCUGGAUCCUCUCCUGCACCUCAGUGUCCUUGUAGAGAGGAGCCCAAAAGCAUUUGAAUCAUGCCAUCUUCAUUUUCUGUUCUGGGUGCUGCUUGUCCUGUUCACUGAAGUGCUUGGUGGUGAGAACAUCAGACACAAUGAUCCGUUUAAGUCUGCAUUCGAAGAACAGUGCUCUCAGUGUCGUGUCUGUUUUGCUGGUUAAACAUCAAGGACCUUCAAAUAAGAUGUCAUACAACUGUAAAUUAUCAUCCAGUUCUAUUUCUAAUCACUCAAAAUGAUCUGUAGAGCACUUUAAAAUGGGUAUGAGUCUUUAUGUGUACAUACAGUUCCUGAAAUUCUGCUUCUUUUUUUCCUUAAGACACUCAUCUGUAAGCCUCUCGCCAGCCUCUCCCUACCAGGAAUGCUUUUCCUUCAGACAGCCCAGCUGGAAUCUCUGGAGGGGCAACUGUGUCCAGUCCACAUUCCAGACAGUUACUGUUUCUGGGAGAUAGCAUCUUACUUUUGUGACUUUGCCAUCUGUAAGUCCCCAUUCACUACCUGAAACAAUGCAAAAUAUUCAAACUUGCCUUAAAUUCUUGCUAUUUAACUGAAACGCAAAGAACUGGAUGAUAAUUCCUCUUUUUUUGCCUUAUGCUGUGCUGUAUUUUAAACCUGAGGAGAACUCUGAUUUCUAGCAGGAUUUAAUAAUUGUACAGAGAUUACCAAAUCGUACUCAGACUUGACCAGAGUGCUUUGGUUGGGACUAGAAGAUGAUACAUGUAGUUUUGUGUACGUAGUGUGUUUCUAUGUGUACAUCUUUUGUAGCAGCAAAGUUCUAGUUUUGUUAUUGUUUACAAAAGUGGCAUUUUGAGUUCAACAGGAAAAUAACUGCAACCUGCAUUCUCGGUCUUUAUUAGUGUUCUCAACGUGUUUGCUCUUGUGACAAGGCUCUGUAAGUAUUGUUGUAACUAUCUCAUUGAAUGUGAAACAAUUUAGUAAAGAAAGCUGAAGAAAAA